GCAUAGCUUCAGGUGCUUGUUUGUUUCGAUUGCAUCGCCGACUUGUUCCUGCAAUGUCUGUGAUGCAUUCAAAUAUUUGCUACUCUUGAGUGUUCAAUGACGACACCUUUCCACCAAGAUCGCUGAGACGUUGCUGCUGUUGAUGCAUUAAUAAUCCAGUGCGAAUGUGUCUUCGUUCUGAAUCCUUUUUAACAGGUGCGAGAAAAGUGAUAGGCAUAGAAUUGUGUGCUCCAGCCAUUGAGGAUGCAAAGCUGAAUGCGGAGAGGAACAAGAUUUCCAAUUGCGAGUUUCUCGUAGGGAGGGCUGAAGAUCAGAUCGACGCUGCUAUCAGCCAGCACGUCAAAGACGGAGACAAGUGCGUCGCUGUUGUCGAUCCACCCAGAGAGGGCUUGCACUGGAAGGUGAUCAAGGCGAUUCGCAAAUCUAAGGAGAUCGAACGUGUCGUAUACGUGUCAUGCAAUCAUGUCGCAUGGGUGGAGCAAGCUCGUCAGUUCUGUCACCCUUCGGACGACUCUCGUCACCCUGGUGAACCUUUCGAGCCAAUCAAGGCCAUCGGCGUCGAUCUCUUUCCCCACACUCCUCAUAUUGAGCUUGUUGUUCUGCUUGAGCGCGGGAAUACUCUGAAAGAAACAAAAUCUUCUAAGUUGUAGACUAUGUAUAUUGAAACUAUUGAGAAUGUAAAUGCCCAACUGC